GUGCCGAACCAGGUUCAGCUCUCUCUCUCUCUCUCUCUCUCUCUCUCUCUCUCUCUCUCUCUCUCUCUCUCUAAUUGAUCUUUUCCCUACUCGUUUCUAUUGCUCGUGCUACUGUGCGUCUGUUCUUGAUAUUCGCGAUGGUGUUAUAAUUCUUGAUCUUGCCUAUUCAUAACUGGUUACUGUAUCAAUUGUUGAAGGGUAUAAAGAUAGGUGAAUGCAAUUCUAAGCAAAUGCACCAUGAGCUCCGGAUGCCUUUUGACAAAUUCUACAGCAUGUAAAUCCCUGUCUGUUGAUUCAGUCUAUUCUCGCACCCGUUUUUUGCCAGCCAAAGCUAGAUUUUUGGGUGUCAGGAAUUCAUGGGUGUCUUGUCCUGAGCUGAAAUCUUGGUGUUCAAGAGGAGUGCCAUUUUUGAACUUCUCUGCUGCAAAAACUAAUCAUCUAUGUGGGGAUCAACGAGGGCUUUUCCGUGCUGCACCCGUGUUACAUCGAGGGCAAAGAUCUAUGCUUGUCAGGGCAUCAAAGGAUGUCCCAUACAGUUUUCGCUAUCCCCCGAUGACUAAGAAGCCAAGAUGGUGGUGGAGGACAUUAGCAUGCCUCCCCUAUUUAAUGCCUCUUCAUGAGACAUGGAUGUAUGCUGAGACAGCAUAUCAUCUUCACCCCUUCUUAGAGAGCUUUGAAUUUAUGACAUACCCAUUUCUUGCUGCCAUUGGGAGGUUGCCGAGCUGGUUUUUGAUGGCAUAUUUCUUUGUGGCAUAUCUCGGGGUGGUGAGGAGGAAAGAAUGGCCUCAUUUUUUCAGGUUUCACGUGGUGAUGGGUAUGCUGUUGGAGAUUGCGCUGCAAGUGAUAGGGACUGUGAGCCGCUGGAUGCCACUGUCUGUAUACUGGGGUAAGGUGGGGAUGCACUUCUGGACGGCUGUGGCCUUUGCCUACCUUUUCACUGUAUUGGAGUGCAUAAGGUGUGCUCUAGCUGGGAUGUAUGCCGACAUCCCCUUUGUAUGCGAUGCUGCUUAUAUCCAGAUUCCUUAUGACUGAUGAAAAAUUAUGGUUGUUCUCCUCUCCACCCCCCCUCCGCCCCAUAUCGAGGGGCUUGAGCAUAAUUGAAUGUGGUUCAAUGUUGAAAGGUCUUAUUGUGGAAAUGUAUCCCUAUGACACAGAAAGGGAGCAAGGGAGAAUCUGUUCACAUUGUGGGGAAGGGUAUCCCUGUAUCUAUCCAUGCUUGUUUCUGUAAAAUCAAAUAUUAAUGGGUGGUUGCAGUGCUUGUGGACUGGAGUGGAAAUUUUAGAACUCAAAUGAUCUUAAAGUUUUCCAUUCCAAAUUUUUUGAUGUGGAGUGAGUUUACUUUUUGUUUUGCUUGUUCUUGGCACUACCUUUGUCUUUUUCCUAGUCAGAAGUGUGAACUCUGGCAAUGUAACUCAGUUUGGGCAUGUAUGGAUUUGAGCAGAAAUUGUUUUGAA